GGCAAGUAAACAGUUCACUUCCUGUGUUUAAUGCUGUAUUGACAUCUGUCUUCUCUUGUCAAAACCAGACUUCCCUGGACUUUCUGUUCGCUUUGAAUUCAUCUCUGAAGCGGGUUUGAGUGUGAGCCGAGGGGGCCGGUGUCUUACAUGAGGAGCGGGAGGCUGGAGGAGCUCAGCAGCCGGACAGGAGAGAUGAUGGCUGGGCUACUCUUGGUGUUCUUCGGUGGGCUGCUGGAAGUCUGCAGCGGCGUCUCAGCAAACAGAGGGGGGUAUCCCUCCUUUACAGACGAAAUUCCUUUCAAAAUCACCUGGCCUGGCGCUGAAUUCACGCUGCCAGCUACAGGUGCACUUUACAACGAAGAUGACUUUGUCAUUAUGACAACAACAGAGAAGGAGAAGUACAAAUGUCUCCUACCUUCCCUGACAGCUGGAGAGGAGGAUGAUGAGAAGGAGUACAGUGGACCCAGUCCAGGUGAACUGCUCGAUCCACUAUUCAAGCGAAGCAGCUGCUCCUACAGGAUUGAGUCAUACUGGACAUAUGAAGUGUGCCAUGGAAAGCAUAUAAGACAGUAUCAUGAAGAGAAGGAGACUGGCCAGAAAAUUAGCGUUCAAGAGUACUUCCUGGGGAAUAUGGCACAGAAGAGCCAAUCAACAGAGCCAAAUCAAGCUGAGGAGGCAGAAAAUGUCAAACCAGCAGUAGAAACAGAAGUGCCUACUAAGAAUAUAGAAGGUCAGCUGACUCCCUACUAUUCGUUGGAGAUGGGAAAUGGAACGCCAUGCGUGCUGAAACAGGACCAGCCUCGCUCCACAUCUGUGUUGUACGUCUGUCACCCAGAAGCCAAGCAUGAGAUCCUGUCUGUCGCUGAGGUCACUACCUGUGAAUAUGAGGUGGUGGUGUUGACGCCUCUGCUGUGUGCACACCCAAAAUACAGGUUCAAAUCCUCCCCAGUAAAUGCCAUCUUCUGCCAGGCUCUGGCGGGCUCCCCUUUGCAGCCUCAGCGACUCGCUCAAUUGGACAAGGAGCAAGAAGAGCAGCUGAAACCACCUUUCAGCGCCGCCUCUGAAGCCAGAGAGGAGGAGGCGCCACCAGUGAGAGAGGAAGCCUUCACCUCCACUCACAAACCCAUGACUGUCGGAGGGCAGUCUCAGGUCACUGUCGGCACCACUCACAUCUCCCGUCUGACGGAUGACCAGCUGAUCAAGGAGUUCCUAAGUGGCUCUUACUGUCUCCACGGGGGGGUAGGAUGGUGGAAGUAUGAAUUCUGUUAUGGAAAGCAUGUCCAUCAGUACCAUGAGGACAAAGAACAAGGAAAGAACAUUGUGGUGGUGGGAAACUGGAACGCAGAGGAGCACAUCGACUGGGCCAAGAAGAACGUUGCCCGAUCCUACCAACUCAAAGAUGAUGGCGUGCAGAAAGUCAAGUUGGUGUCCCACUUUUAUGGCCACGGGGAUGUGUGCGAUCUGACAGGGAAGCCCAGACAGGUCAUUGUCAAGCUCAAAUGUAAGGAGUCGGAGUCUCCUCAUGCUGUCACUGUAUAUAUGCUGGAGCCUCAGACUUGUCAGUACAUCCUUGGGGUUGAGUCUCCUGUCAUAUGCAGGAUUCUUGACACUGCUGAUGAACACGGACUUCUGUCGGUCUCCAGCUAAACCGACAAAGUUCCCAUGACAGCAACGGCGCAUGAAGGACGAGGGGAGCAAACAUAAAGAGAGAGGACAGUUGUAGAAGAGAAGACUUGUUUGGUGGAGAAACUGAAACCCAAAGCUCUGCGCCAAAUGCCAAAACUGAGGUAAAACUUGAUCUUGAGGCUGGACUUCAUGUAGCUCAGGAGAACAGCCCCAACCUAAGCCCUGAUCUGUAGAGCAGGUGAGCUGAAUCCGACGGACCAGCUCGGACUUGCAGUGCAGCGAAAUGGAGCUGACACCUCACUCCACAAGGCAGUGAAUUCAUUGCCUGGACUCCGUAUCUAUGCUUCUCUUUCUGCUGAUUAAUUCAAAGCAAAGGAGUGACGAAUCAGGGGAUUUGUAAUCAUCAGGGGAAUCAACAAUAUUCAUGGAUGUUUUAUUGUCUUUAAUGACUGUGUUUGUUUGUAUGUGUGUGUGUGAUAUGCAACGAUUAGCUGCUUGACUGUGGCACUUUGUACUUGUAGAUAUGAUGGGGAAGGAGGGGGGGGAUAAGUUCUGAAAUGCUUUGCGGCAGGGCGAAUGUGUGCUGUGUUAAUUUACAGGAUGAGUGAGUGUAACUUAUUCACUAGAGGGUGCUGUGGAAUAACAACAACAAAAGUGAGUGAUUAAAAUUUCAUGCAAGUUUGUAGGAUGUGCAGAAUGUCUGUGAGUUCAUUUAAUUCUGUGGUUUUAUGAAGAUGAACACUGGGGUCCUGACCACUGCUGUAUAACUGGGAUAAACACCAAUGCAUCUGCAGCAAAGAAUUAAAAAAACAUGAAACCUCAUUUGUAGUGUUGCAUUACCAUACAGGAAAAAAAUUGACUGAGAUGUGAGGACAUCACAGCAAUACAUAUCUGUACCUAAUAUCUAAUUAUCAUCACCACCUUCACAAAUAUCAAUGUGUUUUUUUUAUUAAGUGGCUAAACUUUUUAAAAAUAUGACAACGCUGAGAAAAAAAAUGUAAAAGUUUCUCUCCUGCUACGGCCACCAGAGGGUGCUGAGGCUAUGCAAACGCUAUAAUCUUCCCUUAUUGUGAAAUCUUUCGUGGUUGAAAAUAAGAGAAGUAUUUUGUUUUCACAUUCCUGACAUGAGCAGAGCAGCAAGUGUACCAUGCUGUCAGACAUGAAGCCUGAAAUACUGUUAAGCAACUGUCAUUAACCUUGCUGCCAAAACUAAUGCUGAAACUUAAAUGAUUUUCCACUAUGUUCUUGACUACCUAUUUCCCAAAGUAUAUAAGAAAAUUGCAAAUUCCUAAUAAAUUUUGCAAGACAAGA